AUGGUGGCUGAAGGCGCAACAUCUUCACCAGAAAAGCGAAAACGUCGCCAAUUCUGGUCCUCGAGGCACCUUUCUGGUCUGAGAAGGUCGAGAUCCAGUCCUGUGGUCUUUAGAGCUCAGAUGGAGGCGAGCCCCCGGACGACAUUGGAACCGACGGCGGAGGAAGAUCGCAAGGAAGAAGAGCAUGGUGACGUAGUUGAAUAUAGUGGUGUUGCAAAGGAUGGGUUCAACGCCGCCGGCUGGACAGACAAUGACGCUGCGAGCACUCACACCGCGUUCCGCGAUGAGUUGCCCAAGUCCGAAUGCGACGGCGAAUGGGCGCAGAACCUCUUCUAUGCGUACGCACGACGGACCGACGACCCACGGUUCUCGCGCUUCCUGCUCACGUUCGCCUCCGCGCGCGUCUGUGCGGAGUGGUGGUCUCUGAUCCAGCGGCACUUUGGCGGGCCCGCUGCCAACACGCGGGAGGGCCCUCAGUUCUUCUCCUUCACGGGGGACGACAUCCCCGGCCGCGCGUGGAAGCACCAAGCAUUCGCGCACCUGAGAACGCAGUGGAUGUACAGCCAGAUCGGAGACGCCGUCGGUGCCAUGGGAAAGGGUCAAGAGAUCAUACCGCUGCAGGACGAGAGAGGGUUCCUCGUUCAGCCUGCCAACUCGAACGUGAGGGCCGCGACGCCGGAUCAGGAAAGAGCACCGAGCAGGGCGGGCAGCUUCGCGGAGAGUCUGGGUCCCCGCGAAAAGGAGGUCAUGGCCAGACAGUUGAGGAGGACGAGCAAGCGGGACAGCGGCAUCUUGUUGCCCUCCUCACCGCUCGCUGGCCCGAGCCACGAGAGGAGUCAAUCCGCACCGGCGAUGUCGCCGGACGCAGGCGGGAACGAGAAGGCUCUGGAUUUCGAACGCUUGGAGCAGAACCUGGCGAAGAUCGAGAAGCUGAUGGAUGCGAAUGCGUUGCAGCUCCGGAGCCUGGAGCACGUCCAGGCUGCGAAUCUGGAGCGUUUGACGGCGGCGCUCGUGUCCAACGCGGAGAUGGUGCGCGAUCUCGCACUGGGCCAGCAGAGGCUUGGCGUGGCGUGUGAGGACCUGAGGAAAGCGAUGCGAGAGCGUGAGGAGCGAAGUGAAAGGAUGAGCGUUCGAAGCAUGGCCAGCCUUGGAAGCGUUGGGAGCACGGCCGCCUGCGGUCAUGCUGUCAAGAGGGGCCCCAGAAAGCUAGGCAAAGCCGUUGUUGGAUACAUUUACGCUGAUGAGCCUGAUGGGCCUGGAACAAAGUCCUUCACUUCGACACGAGAGCAAUAG